GAAAUUGGAAUAAUGGAGCGAGUGGUGGAUAGGACAAGCACAAGUUUGUGGUGGUGAAUGUAAUAUGGCUAAUCGGCUAUGGCUUCCGCCUUGUCGUGUCAUUUUCUCAUCAGCGAAACUCUUCCGCCAUCGCAACUGCUCUCAAUUCUUCACCUUACAGGGCUCUCGCUGAAGAUUUUCUCAAGGUAAAUCAAGUUGAAUCUGAAGGAAGAAGGAAUUGGGGAUUACGUCUAUGAAUACAUUUCAAUAGAGUGCUAGCAAAUAGUUUAUGCACAUCUAAAGUGGAAUUGUGAAGGGUAUCCAAGUUAGAACUAUUCAAAAUGUCAUGGUCUAUACAUUCUGCACUACAUAAACAUCGAAUCAUCUUAACUUGUGCAAAAUUCAAAAAUGGGAAAACAGAAUUCAAGAAUCCUUCGACUUUUCCCUCUUCUCUUCUACAUACAAGUUCCAUAUUGAAGAAUAAUAGGAAAUUGCCAUUGAUUCAGUAUCAUUAUCAUCAUCCGCUCCGAUGUAUUAUGAGUAAUGGAGAUGAAGAAGAGUUGUCUGAUGAAGAUGAGGAGCUUUGUCCAGUUGAAUGCGUGAGAGAAAUCAAGAAAGAUGAGGAAUUACUCUCAGUUUUAGAAAAAGCAAAAGAAGCUAAUUCAUUAGUUGUGGUUGAUUUCUAUCGAACUUCAUGUGGUAGUUGCAAAUAUAUAGAACAAGGAUUCGCAAAAUUGUGCAGAGGGUUGGGUGAUGAAGAGGCCCCUGUUAUCUUCUUAAAACAUAAUGUGAUUGAUGAAUACGAUGAACAAUCAGAUAUAGCAGAAAGACUUCGAAUUAAGGCAGUGCCUCUGUUUCAUUUUUAUAAAAAUGGAAUAUUAUUGGAAGCUUUUGCAACGAGAGAUAAGGAGCGGAUUAAAGGGGCUAUAGAGAAAUAUACAGCACCUGCUUCUUCUACUCCUGCUGCUGCUGCUCAAAAUUCGUAAACCAUAACAUAUUAUUAUUAUCAUAAUUAAUUCAUUUUGGUCAUUUUAUUUUAUAUAUUCUUAUUUUGUGGAAGAUGUGGUCUACAAAGAUAAGAAUGAAAAUUCGAAUUAAUGAUUGUAUAAAGGAAUAAAAUCAUGUUAUGUCUAUGAGGAAAGGUAAAGUAUCAACAGUUUUUCGAUUU